AUGGUAUUAUUGCUCGAUGAAGAUGAAAAUAAUGACCACGUGGCGAGUAAAAAAUGUUCUAUUUGGGUUCAUGACAUUUUGAAGAAAAGAAAAAUUGAUGAAGAAUAUGUGACUUUAUGUAAAAUGUUCCAGUUUAAUGUACUUUUUUUAAAAAUUGAAAAUAGUAUAACAAAACAAAAUACUCACUUUCGAGGAGCGAUACCUCCAAAAGAAAAAUUAGACGUUUGCCUAAGAUUCUUGGGAACUGGUGUCUCAUACCAAACAAUUGCAUUUAGCUUUAGACUGGGGCAUUCAACAGUGCAAUUAAUUGUACUCGAAAUAUGCAGUGCGAUUAUUUCAAAAUUGAAAGACGAAUAUCUUUCUAUUCCUGGAGAAGAAGAUUGGAAGCGAAUCACCAAAGAAUUUUGGGAAAUUUGGAACUUCCCAAAUUGCAUAGGCGCGUUGGAUGUAUUGCUUGCCCUUGUAGAUGCACAAUAUACAUUUUUAGCGGUCGAUAUAGGAGCAUUUGGUAAAAAUAGUGAUGGUGGAAUUCUCUCAAAUUCAAAUUUUGAAAAGCUUUAA